CGGAGGUCUGCCAAACCAAACGGGCACAUCGAUUGCGUCGUAGGAACGCGCGCGGCGCUACGUGUAUGAGUCAGAAGUGCCAUCAUCUGGACCAAGUGGAUCGUUCCCUGCGCCAAUUGUAUGACAUUGCAUCGUCGAGGGAUGUGGAAGUUGACAAAGACACCAUCGAGAGCUUCGUCGCGGCGCUAUUUCGCCGCUCGGUGCGGUGUCUGCUGGAAUCGCGCGCGGCGGCCGAACUGUGCUGCUUCCGCUUGUUUCAAACGACUCCAGGCCAACAGCACGCCCCGAGUUUGCUAAGUAUCAUGCAGCUUCAGGACUAUGGGACGAAGAAGUCUACACUCGGCGUGGUGCUUGGGAUUGCGUUGGAGCACCUUCUCACGUUCAUCAAGGACAUGCAGGACACGACGCUGCGCCACGCGGUCGCUGGACAUGUGGGGUCUAUUACCCAAGCUUGUUGCAUUCUGCUACUCUCUUCGCAAUUGCCAUCCAAGACGCGAAGUGCCGCUGGCGAACUCGUCACGUACUUCAUCAAGCACCACAAACACGUGUCCGCGUCUGCGCACUUUGACGUGGCAUCGCUGCCGGAUCGAUUCCUGAACGAGUUAAACUCGUCCAAGUGCACCCAGACGGUCAAAGGCGUGAUCCUGGAUGUGCUGGGGGGACUCUUCAACAAGUACCCCGACGCCAUGGCCGUCCAUCGUGCCGCCGUUGGUCGGUGGAUCGACCAAGCAUUGGACAAGCAAUUCUCGUCCAAUGCACCAGAAAUGCAAAUCAUCCACGGAUGCUUUGUCUGCCUCAGUGAAAUCCUGGACGAAGCCACAUACGACCAAUCGAAGCGCGACACGUUGUUCCAAUUUAUCCACGUGACGUUGGCCACGGCCGCGUCUGGCAACCUCUCCCGCCUCGCAAUCGUCAAAGCGUGCUUGGGAUUGCUGGGAAAACACAUGCAUCUGUUUGCCGCUAAUUUGGUGGAGGCAGAUCCGUACCAAUUUUACUUGCUUAUGCUGCAUUGCUGCGCGAGCUCCAACAAGAAGAUUCGAAAACCAGCAUUUGCAUGCCUCGACAGCAUGUUUGCUAUCAUUGCCGACGGAUUCGCUGCGGACAUUCCCAAACACAAGAAGCAGUUCAAUCGCUUUCUCAAGGAAUUCCUCACGUGCUUGACGGACAAGCUCAGUGACGACAAGGCGUCGAUUGCACUAGCGGGCCUGGGUAACUUUGCCGCCAUCGUACCAAUGUUUAUGGGCGCCGACGCGUUGCCAAAGAUCCAUGCUCGAUUGAUCAAGUAUGGCGAAGACUUGGUGGCCAUUCGGGAAGGUAUCAAGCUCAAGUGGAUGCUCCUCUGUCGAUACACUACGUGCUACGGGCGGUUCGUUCAAAAGAUGCAAUGCCAAAGCGAUAUUGUCGUGCAAAACUUCUCGGUGGAGCUCGUGUGCCGACUCUUGGAUGCGUACCCGUCCAGCGCCAUUUACGUUAAAUACCAAGCAGAACUAGCGAUCGUGUCGAUGGCGGACGCAUUUUCAUCCACGGAUGUGAUGAAGCGCAUUCUGCAACAUGGGAUGGUCUUGACGGUGUCCAACCGUAUCGACACACCCGACGGGGAGAUGCUGUAUCAUCCAGACACGGGGCUGCCCGAGUCGCGCCUCCUCUUCGAGUACGAAGGAUUGUGGCGGGGCUGCUUGAAGCGCAUGCAAGGGGAAGAGCUGCAGCAAGCGAUGGUGAAUGCGAUGGCGGACACCAUGCUGACGAUCUUGCAGCGAUUGGAUCUGCGGUACCAACUCGAGGCUGACACUGCCGAAACGUCGACAUCGUCUCAAUAUACCCCAACAGUCGCACGAGACCACACGAUUGUAUUGAACGCGACUGAGUUCUUCGAGCGGUGGGUGCCAACUGUAACGAGUCAAUUCCAGUCGUGGGUGGCGUUGUACGUACAAUGGCUGCUCCCCAGCGCCCGACAACUACCGCUCGUGUCGGCGUUUUACCGUUUGGCGACAGUCAUCUCACACCUACUCGCUGCCAACUCCGCCGCCUCCCGUAGCCCAUUGUUGUCUGACGCACUCGCCUCCGACUACGCUGCGUUUGUAGUCCAAGUGUCCAAGGCAAUGCCCCAAUAUCACGACGAGUUGCUAAUCGCGACGUCUGUGUUUGUGGUGGCGACGCCAGUGUCGAUGGUCGACCUGGCGAUUCUCGUGCCCGCACUCAAACAAGCGCUGGCGCUAGGCGUAUUUCACUUUGACACGGCCGUGGCCGCCGUGGAAGCGCUGGAGCGUUGGCGAUCAGACACGGUCGUGCCGUUUUACCCCGAGGUGCUGCCGCUGCUCGCUCCGUACUUGGACGAAGCGGCCAAUCAAAGCGCGUCGUUUCAAAUUUCAGUGCUGCGGCUGCUGGGGUCAUUGGGAGGGUACAGUCGGUUUGUCGUGCAGGAACACCACGCGGCCCGGGACGACGUGGACAAGAUGGCGGCGGCGCUGACGUUUCCCGUGGCACUGGACCGAGUUCAUGCCGACAUGUCUAUCGAGUUGUUGCUGCGACAGAUGCGAGACCUGGCCGUCACGAGCAUCGACCGACCCGUCAAAGCUGCGGCGGGGGAAGCCUAUCACGCGAUGGUGCUCUACUUGUGCGGGAUGACGGCCACGCUGCCGACGGCCAAGACCCACGCGAGUGAAAAGUCCGUGUACUUUGACCACUGGCAUGGCAUAUUUCCGUCGCUGGUGCAGCUCGCCGCCGACGCCGACACGAUCACGCGGUCACUUUUUGCGCCGCUGCUGGCCCAACUGCUGCGGUGGUUCAGUGGCAUCGCGGCGCUGUAUCCGUUUGAAGCCCACGCAUUCCUCGAUGCCAUCAUGCACGGCUUGUCUUGUGUCGACGACGGCAGCGGCGGCGUGCGCGACGUAGCGGCGCAGUCCGUCGCCACGUUUCUCAAAUACGCCUCCAAGCAACCACCUACUAGUCGUGCUAACACCGUGUUCUCGGCGCAUGCGCUCAUGGAGCGACUGUUUGCGCUCUGUGGCCAUCCGCUGCUAUCUUGCCGCGUCGGGGCCGCCUUGGCGAUCAACCACAUGUACAGGGACUUUCGGGAAGACGACGACUUGGUACGGACGUAUGCUCUGUCCAUGGCCAAGAAUGUGCUCGUGGCACUCAAACCCCCCGACGACCCGAACGCCGUCCUUCCGCUCGUGCACGCGUUGGCGCAUAUGGAGAAGAUCCUCGUGAGGCGGGCGGCGGAUCUGCAGCACGACGACGACACCCGCGUCGUGCUGGGCGGGACCGACUGCUUGAACUUGAACGCGUUCACGACGUGGCUGUUUUCCAACGUUGCGAGCUCCGCGCCCACGUUUCGCAGCAACUGUCUCCGCUUGUUUGAGCAACUGGCGCGUAUGGUCAACAUGACAGGGUCGUGCAAGGCGUGGCUCACGCAGUUCCAAAAAAAUCACUCGGCGGCGCAAUUGCAGUACAUUUUGGCGCCCCCGGCCUUGACAGAUAUUAGUGUGCGAACGACAGGGGUUCGACACACUGACGUCGUCUGGUACGAAACUCUCGCGGCGUCGACGGAGAGCUAUGUGUGGGCGUGUGCCCCCACGCUCGGCAACGCGAGUCUGAUCGCCGACGCCGUGCUCUUGGACCCCGUGGUGGCCAAACGAACACACGACGACGAGGCGGUCGAGGGGCCCCAUCGCCUCUUUGUCGCCAUCGCCGAGUUUGUUGAAAGCGGCAGCCGCGAGGCACCGCCGUCGAUGGCGCGGAACCGCGCGUUUCUCGGCGUGUGCAACUUGGUGGCAUUGGCGCUCGAGCACCCAACCGUAGUGCCCGAACUCCACCGCCACGUGAUGAAUGUGCUGACUGGCACCGGCGAUCGGUGGUGGGAUCUUGUGGUGCUGGCUGCUGUGGACCCUAAAGCUGCGACACUGUUCGAACUCUCCACCCCCGAGGCGGUCGACAGCUGGGUCCGCAUGUGUAAAGCGUCACUUGAGCAUCAGUUGCCAUUUCGGCGGGUGGUGGCCAAACACUUGGAGAGCUCCACAUAUGACCGCACGCUGUUGUUCAAUAUGGAGUCGGACCUGGCGCAACGCCUUUGCAUGACGUACAAGCAGCUGGACCAGAUCAAGUAUUGGGACGGCGAGUCGUCGAGUCGACGACGGGACAUCGCGUGUGACUUCGCGCGUCUCGCAAUCGACAAGAAAGCCAGCGGGUUGUUGACUCCCAUGCAAGAUCAACUUACGCACCGUGCAAUGGAGACGGCGAUGGAUAUGGGUUGGGACGUGGCCACGUUUAUAUUGCAGCCCACACCGGCCAACUACACGUUGUUUUCAGCUGCGUUCGACAAGGUCUUUUGUGAUCGCGACGACGUUUGGCUGCAAGUCGUUCGUGGGUUGCUAAGCCACGUGCAGACACACCCGUCGUUUAUCCAUACAUUGCACCACGUGCUCGAACUGACCUCGUCCAACAACAAAAAUCUGUCGAAACGAACCGAGCUGGCGCCGCUGGUCGCGCCGUUUGCCAAGUUUGUCCUGCACGCGACGACAGAGAAAGAGCAGCCGCUGCUCAUGUCAACACUUCUCCUUUUUGUACGCUCCAUUCUCGACAAGUCGACGUUGCCGUUGGUAGACUGUACAGCGGGCGUCAACCAACUGCUCUGCGAUCCGUCGACUUCUGUGGGCGUCAAAGUGGCCGCGCUGCAGCUGAUUCCAGUGUUGAUUCAAGCCAACGCCACCGAGUUUGGUCCCCCACUGGUCGACGCCGUGGGCCACCUCGUCGUGCAUGGCUUUCCCGUGCAUUCCACAGACGUCGCGCGCGGGUCGCUCGAUUUCGAGUCGUUUGAGCUGCUAUUUCACACGUACUUGUCCAUGCUCGUGCAAAGCGGCCACGUUGGCUUAUUGAAAACCGUGUUUCGAAGUCUGAACGAGAAGAAUCAGCACGUGUUCUCCAACGACAUGUACGACAUGUUGACUGGGUUCUGCGACGACCUGCCCGGCCCCCGCAUCCCGUCUGUGUGUCUGGAAGUGCUGCCGCUGGUGUUUUCCCCUUCCCUGACGGAUCACAUCCGGACGACGCUGCUUCGGCAAGUGUUUGUGCCGUUGAUGCAUCGGCUGGACGAAGCUGCCAUUGUGGCCGUGUACACGUCGACGUUUUCCGGCGCUCCUGUUGUCCAGUACUUGAUGACUGUCGUAACGUCAGACACAUCGCCCAGUCUGGCGGUGGUCGUCACGUUCGGACUGUUGGAACUGCUCUACACGUGUCUAUCGGGGGACGCUGUCCGGCGGUUGGUGAACCCCAUCUACGCGGCCACCGCUGGCGCCAAAGGCAACGAGCUGACCAUGCGACUGUGCAAAACGGCCAGUCAGAAGAGUGCCAGCGCCGACCGUCCUGUGGCCAUCGCGGCGUUUCGAUGUCUGCUUAGCACAGUGCGCACGACGCAAACACAAGAGAAAUUCUACACACAGCUGCUGUUUGCCGACGCGAUAUGGCCCAACAUCAUGGCCAAAACCGAAGAUGAAGGAGGGGGGGACGAGUACUCGUUUGAGACCCAGACGGCUGCGUUUCCAACAAAGUACCUAUCACGACGACAAGGAGGUCGAUCUAGGACCACCCAUCGAGGGAACAGCCGCUUGAUGGACAUUUCUACGCAGUUCCUUCAAGGCAGUAGUUUGAGUCAGAGCGCGGCGCCGAUCGAAGACACGAAUGACGACGAGCCCAUGGCUAACGACGACGAAGAGGACGAGGAUGUGCUGGAGAUGGACGCGUUGAAUUCACAUCCGUGCAUGCUGCCACUUCUGAAGACGAUCAAGCACAUGGAGCGGCUGUUUCAAAGCCAAUGGACUGACGCCAUGAUGCCUGGCUGGAUGGACAAGGUCUGGUUCAACCUGUCGACCAACUCGUCCACGUCUGUCCGACUCUUUCUGUGCAAAGUGGUACUGAAUCGUCCCAUGUUGUUUGCCCCGUACGCGGCCAAGUUUGUCGGCCCGCUGGUCGAGUUGAUGCUCCUCGUGCCCAAACGCGACGAGUUCCACUACUUGCUGCGCGACGUGUGCCAUGUAGUUGUGGACACGUGGCAGGUCGACACAAUCUCAGACGACUUGUCUCGGUUUGUGAACCAUCUCAUGGCGGUAUCCCCCCAUCCGUCGACAUUUAUCUUGCGCGACAACUUGUACUUGAUCGAAGCGUUCGUGACCAAGUUUCCGACGCAGUGCCGGUUUCUCAACCUGGACAUCCUCUUGGACAUGAUUAACGCAGAUGAUGCCGAGAACGCGUCGCGACAUGUCGCGGGGAUGCAGCUCGCCGCCGUGUUGAUCAACCUUGCAUUCGACGCUUCGUCCCCCGUUCUUUGGUUCGAGACGUCGCUCCGAGCUUGCAGCUCCCGCUUGGAAACUGCCUUGCUGGCCCGCCUGGCGUCCACCACCCACAAGACGACACCUCAGUUGGCGGCGGACGUCUCUGGGUUGGUGUUGCAGCACAUGCCGGCGUCGACGGCGUUCGAGUCUGGUAUUGACAACUGCUUGCAGUCGUUUUUUCAACUGGACAAACCCGAUCGGUUCCUCACGUGCUUGAAGCAACUGGCGACACAUUUCCCAGCGAUCGUGUCGGGCUCAGUGCUGAAUCGACUGGCGUCCAUCCUUCCUCGCAUCCUAAUCCAAGACACGUUGUCGCUGCAUCUAUUGGACAUUGUGCACGCGUGCCACGUCGAUGCCACGACGUUGUUUCGAGUGGUACGACCGCAUUUACCCCGCCUCCUGAGCCACCACAACCCGGCGGUGACGCUCCGGCUGCUCGAUGUACUCCAAAAGUGGUGGCCACACUUGACGGCCGAUAUGCACCAGGUCCUCCUCGACGGGGACGCCGCCGUGACGAUCGCGUUCGAGUCGUCGGAACCGUGUCGCAUGAAAGUGCUCGACUUUCUCCUCGCCACAACUAAGGGGGGCGUGCCAAAUGUACAGCGCAUUCUUCUCAAGGCUCUGACCGACGCGAAUGCCGACGUGCGAGGAAAAGUGGCCUCGUUUUGGGAAGCCCACUUGCCAUCGUCGUGCGACGAUCGUCUGCUGGCAUUGUUUGGACAGUUGUACCACCAAGAGACGACGGAUGAGUGGGUGCGCUACGCCCCGACGUUGUGGCUGUCUCUGAGUACGUCGACUCCUGACAACGCGAACAUGCUCUUUCCUACCCCCCUGUCGUCCACGUGUCAGUUUGAACCCCUUGAAAUCGACACGGCGUGGGCUCGCCGCACCCAGAGCAUCCUCACGCCUCUGUUUUCGCAAGACGCCAUCGCAUUGCAGAGCCAACAACCGUUGGACCAGCCGCUGGAACGUGCUGGCCUGGUCAAAGCUACACAAGAUCGCGUAUGGUCGCAAACCCAAUCGCAGCAGUUUCAGUCGAGUCAGGGGGCAGCUACGACUGGUUCCAUACAAACGACUUCUGCCGGACUAGCCCCACGGACAGUUCGCUUUUACAAAUCGACUUCGAACGCCCGCAUUAGCGAUGAAAGCAGUCGCACGAAAACGUUCUUUCAAGAACGUGCAAGUCGAUCCAAACGCCAAGAGCUGGCGCGGCUCAACCAAGAAAAGGCCAAGGGCACGGCCGUGAGCUUGUUUCGAGCGUACCGCGUAGGCGAGUUCCCCGACAUUCAGAUCCCGCGGAUGGACGUGCUGCGGCCGCUGCUGGUCGUCGCGUCGUUACAUGCCGCCACAUCAUCCGCGUUGUUCUCUGCCUUGCUAGUGGCGGUGCUCCCGACGCUGCCGUCGUCGAUCCAAACGCAAGUGUUUGGUUACUUUGAGACUCUUUUGGAGUCGGCGCAACACAACACGCUGGUCGUGGCGGCGCUCCAUCAAGCGUACAUUGGUCUGCUGUGCCAGUCCAAGUCAUCUGUGACGCUGUUGUCCCCAGAUAUCAUUGGCACGUCCAGCAUUUCCAGUCGAAACUUGGUCACGGGCCAGCGCAUCCUCGAGGAGCUGUUGAUCCACUCGACGGACGAAAAUGUAUCGACACACGCGUGGAACCAACUGCAUCAUGUGCUCCAAAUGGUCGAGAACGAGCCGUACUUGCUGGCGCUGGCGACGCACGAGUCUACUGUGCCCGAGACGACAUUGGCGGUGGAAGCGCAGUUGAAGGGGGACCUCGUUGCGGCGCUGCAGCAUUACAAGGACGCAGAAGCCAAAUAUGCUUCGAUGGACAACGCAAACGUGACGAUUUUAGAACGCCAACGAUGGAAAUCCGAGCAGUUCCACUGCUUGGCCACUCUGAAUCGCUGGGACACCCUGCUGGACGACGUGCAUCCCGACCGCUUGUGGGAUCAGCACGAACCGUUCUUGGAAAAACACACAAAGUGCUUCCUCGAAGCAUCCAUCGCCAUACAAGACACGUCGUUGCUGCGCGAAUUCAUCGACCCCAUCCUGCAGCCCACACGCCAACAAGACACAAAGCUGCAGUACCUUGUCACACGGUUCCCAGACCUUAUCGCAUGCGCCAACAUGCAGCUUCUCCAGUGGAGCCAUGCCCAAGCCGCCGUGGACGAGUUCUACGCCACUUGUCUGCAUCAGUGGAGCAGCAUGCCGGCGUCGCAUCGACUGCGCCAGCUCCAGCGGCUACCCAAUAUGGUAUUUCUAGACGACGUGUUGGACGUGAUCAAGACGCAUGGUGGUGGCGCCAUGUCACCAUGCGUCGAGAAAUGGAAGCCGAUUGUUCCGUUGGUGCACCAAGACUCGCUCGACGCGUGGUCGACAUACCAUUUGAUUCGGAAUGUCGGGUACGAAUCCUUGGUCGCUGCGACCGACGAGUCGAAAUACGGCGGCCGAUCCAUUGCGCAAGACAUGGCGUCUAUUCGAGUGCAUACCAUGCUGUCGUACGCAGAGGCCGCGGUGGCAUCGAAUGUGUUGGCGCUGGCAGGGCGACUCUUGGCAGACUACCGGACGUUGUGCAAUCAAGCCAAUUUGCCCAAGCUGACAUUGCACAUGGUGCAAGUGUACUCUGCCCAAGUGUCGAAACUCGCCAGCAGGCAACUCCAAGCCGCGAUCAACUUGACCGACGACCACAAGCAACGCGUGCUGGCGCAAGUGGCCAACUACUACGCGGCGCUAACUCGCCUAUUUGACAACGAUGAAGUUCUCGUGUUCAUUCCGACCCUCCCAGCCACGACCCAGGCCGAUAUUUACGGCUGGCAGGCGCGCGCACUCACGGAAGCCGCCGCGUUCCACCGCGAAUACGGCGAUGCGUCACUCGGAACGACUCUCGAACGCGGCGCGAUGGAAAUCUUCCAGUACCAGACGGCCAAAGCCACCACCAUGACCAGCAUGCACGUCAUGUACAUUGAGUACCUCGACAAGUGCCUGGAGCGGUCGACGGCCGGUACAUUCGGGUCGUUGGCCAAAGCGAUGGUGGAGACUGUGCUGUUUGGGAUGGCUUUGGCGGACAAGACGUGCGCGGCGUACUUCCCGCGGGUGUUGGGGCUCGUCCGAGAUCACCCGGCCGACCUGUUGCCGAUUUUGACUAGCAAAAUGCAACCAGUGCCGCUAUGGACGUGUUUGCAUUGGUCAGCGCAGAUCAUGGCGAUGUUGGAUGUGCAUGCGACGCCGUUCAACGACUGGAUCCUGUCCUUGUUGGAAACGAUGGCGAAGGAGUACCCGAAAGCAUUGUACUAUGACUUUCGACUAUCGAGUGCGUCGAUACCAGACAUGGCGGCUAACGCGAGGUUUCAUCGACUGGCGGCAUUGCUGCAAGAUCAUACUCUAAACCAAUUCGUGGCGGCACUCGAAGGACUCCACCAUCCGGAAAUCCGCCUCAAGGAAGCGCUGCGGUACUUGUCGGAUGUAGUCGAUGACAAGAAACCCAAGGCGCAACUCGCGUCGAUUGUCAGCACGACGUUGUCCGCAGUAUUUGACGACCGAACCAGAGUGCUCGGCAACCAGGUUGGGGCUUACAAUCGUCAGUGGAUGGCCCAACAUCGCAAACAUAUUGAGGCGAUGCUGGGCAAAGACGUGACCAAAGCCGCGCUUCAGUCGGCCCGCGGCUGGCUCAGCCAAACGUUCCAGGUCAUGCCGGGCAAGUACGGCAUCGACCGCCACUGGAAGGCGAAAUUGGCAGACUUUUCCGACUGGUUGGCGCAGCUGGAUCCUGUCAAGAUGCGCAUCGAACUGCCUGGGCAAUACACCAAACAUUGGGGCAAACCAGAGCCUGCCACCCACACGUACAUUUUGAGCUGCGAGCCGCAAUUGAUGGUGUUGCCGUCGAAACAAUUGCCCAAGCGCCUCGUGUUGCAUGCAUCGGAUGAGCGAACGUACAUGUACCUAGUCAAGGGCGGCGAAGAUUUGCGACUGGACCAGCGCAUCGAGCAGCUCUUUGGUGUCAUGAAUGGCAUUUUGCAUCAACAUACAACGUGCAGUCGUCGCCAGUUGUCCACGCGGACUUAUAACGUUCGGCCUCCUAUUCUAUCUCGUCAAAAGCGACUCCCACCCUCAUGUACAUUCGUAUGUAGGUGGUGCCCAUGACCACAACUAUCGGGCUCGUCGAGUGGCUCGGCAACACUACAACCCUGAAAACGAUUGUCGAAGAGGAAUGGGAUGAUGGUACCUCUUCCAAGAAGAAAACCAACCUGCUGCAGCGACCCCCCGGCGUCCAGUACGAAGCCUUUUGGGCCAAACAACGCGGGAAAACGUACGGCCAGAAGGUCGCCACCUCGGCCACGUCCGCCGUGGUGUCGUCGUUUGUCCAAGCGGAAGCGGCGGUGCCGUGCGACUUGUUGCGACGACGGCUGGUGCACAUGGCCAACACGAGCGACACAUUUUUUCAACUCCGCGAGAGCUUUGCGACGUCGCUGGCUGCGUUCAACGGGUGCUCGUACGUGUUGGGGAUCGGCGACCGGCACUUGGACAACUUUUUACUGGAUGAACGGACGGGGGCCGUGGUUGGUAUUGACUUUGGCAUCAGUUUCGGCGCCGGGGCGAGUCUCCUGCCCGUGCCCGAGCUCGUGCCGUUUCGAUACACCAAGCAACUGCGAGGGGUCCUGCAGCCCCAUGAUGCGUCGCUGCUGCUCCAGCAGGAUCUGGCAGCGGUGCUGGACGCGCUGCGAGGCCAGCAGCAGCGCAUCGACAGUGUCAUGCGGGUGUUUCUAAACGAGCCGCUGCUCGAGUGGCAGACACAGUCGAAAACCAAGUCGAAAGCGCAGCAGAAAGAAACGCCCGACGGCGACGAGGCUGCGGCGGCGGCGACGUGGAUGCCCCAAGUGAAGAUGGACCUGGCACGGCGAAAGCUCCGAGGCGAGCACGUGGUGCACAUUUUGUGUGACGAACUGGCCUUGAAUCCGAAUGUCGCGGCCGUGCUGAAGCCGUUACAAGCGACGCUGCCGCCGCCAGCCGCGCCAAAACACAGCGUGCUGUCGCCCGUUGACCAGGCCAAGGCGUUGAUUCACGUUGCGACGGCCCCAAACGUCCUUGGCCGCAUGUUCCAUGGGUGGAGUCCGUGGGCGUAAUUAUAUGCAGAAUAUGCACCUUUGGUCAUACUUCUGUACAAGCACUUCAUCGACAUUUGGAGCCAUUUACUGAUUAGCUGUCUUCCAUGGAGAUGUCGAUACAGCGUAUAACUACAGUAAGCGUACUGGAACUGAAUACAAACGACCGAUACUGUAA